AUGCACUCCAAAGCCUGGAGGGAAGCCUUUCAGAAGACGCUUCCUGAUGGUGUCAGCUGCUCUUUGACGCCAGCCAAGAAGAUUUUCCACUUCGCCAACGGCCAGAGCACGCAAGAUCGCUUGCCGGUGUGGCGGAUCCCAAUCUAUUUGGAUGGUUUCAAAGGUGAGGUUUUCUCAGCUGAAGUCCCAGAAGGGAACACACCACUCCUUUUGUCCAUUGCAGCCAUGACGGCCCUUGACAUGGUGAUUUGUUUGAAAGAGCAAGAGGUCGCCGUCAAGAAGCUGGGCAUCACCAUGCCGCUGCAGAGGACGAGAACCAGACAUCUUGCUUUGAAUGUCGCCUUCAACCCUAAGAUUGGAGAGCGCGAUGUUGGACAGAUAGGUCAACAUGGACCACGGGCAACAUCAGAGCAAGAAGAUCUUUUGGUUUACUUUGUAGAGGAGGCUCGUUUUGGAUUGCUUCAACAUCAAUUUCUUGGAAGUUUGGAUGAACCAGAGUUCAGCAACAAGGUGUUGAGCAAGCAGCCAAACAUGGACGAGCGUGGUGUGAAAGCGGAGGACAAGAAACACCAAGUUUCCGAGCGCAGAUGCAAGGAGCUGAAUGAGGCUCGGAAGCGGAUCAGGGUGGAGGAUCGAAGGACAUGGGCCGCCUUGAAGCGGGAGUACACCAUGGCUGAGCAGUUGGCCACCAAUGACUUCAAGUGGACAGUGUUGUUUGAGCCCUUUGCUGGCAGUUUCGCCACAACGAGGGUAGCUUCAGCCGAGUUUGGUUGGACAUGCUCACAGCCGCUGGAUCUUUUGGAUGGCUAUGACUUGCUGUCGAAGUCGGGGAUCCAAAUGCUUUGGGAUGUUUUGCGGCAACACCGUCCUGUGAUCAUUCUCAUUGCCUUUGACUGCCGUAUCUGGAGCCUUUUAACCAACUGCAAUCCUGGUACUGACUGGGAACUUCUCAGAAGCACUUUGGGAAAGAAAACUCUGGACCUGAUUGCCCAACUUUGCAUAUGGCAAGAUCAACAUGGGGCAUACUACUUGCUGGAGAAUCCCGCUGGUUCUUUGGCUUGGGUCUAUGAGGGCAUUUUGGCCCGACUACUGGUGGAAGCAAAUGGAAAGUAUGCCACCGGUGACCAAUGUUGCUUUGGGAAGAAAGAUGCCGACACUGGAAAGCCUGUGCGGAAGGCGACGGGAUGGCUUUGCAACAGCGAGCACAUCUUGAACCGGAUCGCCAAGAGGUGUCGGUGCCCUUUUGGAAGCCAUCAGAACGUGGUUGGCAGCAACAGUUUGGGGCUCAGAUCGAAGCAGGCGGCCAUGUACCCUAGAGCUUUGUGCCGGGCGAUUUGCCAGGGACUUCUGGACACUAUGGUCUUUGACUACAGCUGGAAGGUCCCAAACUUUGAGGCCGCGUUUCCAACGUUUGAGGAGCAGUCAGAGGAGGUGUCAUCUGGCUAUGAACCAAGCAUCGCCGAAGAGGAUGAGACCACAGACCAAUGGUUCAUCGAUGACGAUGGUGCUUUGGUGAGGUCCCACGUUGUACCUCGCAACAAACUCUUUGUGCCUCGUCAGGCUGAUCCCAACUUGCCAGUGGAGUACAGCAGCAUCAUGCCGAUACGGCACACCAUUCUCCAACACCAAGAUGGAACAGUGCAGAACCACACCGAUGACUGGACCAUCAAACAGGAGGAGGUGACCAACCUUUACUGGACGGGUCAGACAAGGUUCACUUUGGACCACACACCUGUGAUGGAUGAACAGCAGCUUGUGGAAGCUGAUGGCCCUGAAGGUGACGCUGCAGAACCUGGAAAGCAAGCAAAGCCGAAAGCAGCUGGCAAGAAGCCUGACAAGACCCUGCGGAGACGCAGAGUUCGCACACGACAGCUUCAAAGAGGUUUCUGGCGAGAAGAGCGUGAAGAAGAACCUUUUUCACUACUGCAAGAGACUCUGGAGCAAGUGACAGAGGUUGGUGGAAAAGAUUGGCAUCGCCUGGAUGACCAGUCACCGCUCUUUGAACAGUGGCGCAACCUUGAGAGCGCCAAUGCUGAGGUCAGUUUGAUUUUGGCAUCAACAACAGCCAGACGCCUGAAGAAACCACAGCCUUUUCUUGGUGCAGCUGAAGCUCCUAUGCGGAAGUCCUACAUCCUCUUGAAGGACUCCUUUCUGAGCACCGACUGGGAGCAGUGGACACAAAUGUCACCAGCUUCACAGAUUCGACCUCUGAUAGCACGAGACCGGAAGCUCUAUAUCGCCAUCUUUGGCAAGGAGCUUGGAGCACAAGUUCAACAUGGUGAUGAAGAGGACGAUAGAUGGAAAAGACUGGAGGAAGACAGGGAGCGCAAAUGGCAAGCACUUCCGAGAGAGCUCAAGCUUGCAGUGAAGCGCAUCCAUGUCAACCUUGGACAUGCCAACAUACCCACCAUGCUGAGAGCCUUGAGAGUUUCGAAGGCAAGUGAAGCAGCCCUUCGAGCAGUGCGCCUGUUUCGGUGCAUGGAUUGCCCUCGCAUCCAAAACCCAAAGGAGCCGAGGCCAAGCAAAAUGCCCAUCACCGAUGAGUUCAAUGUGCAGAUUGGCUUGGACAUCAUCCAUGAGAAUGACAGCUCCGGACAGCCUUGGUCCUGGCUGAACAUUUUCUGCCAAGGGACGCAGUUCCAAGUUUGCGUGCUUUUGGAUAGUGCUGGUCAACCAACUGGUCAGCAGGUGGUGGAGGCUUUUGGUUUGGGAUGGACAAACUGGGCUGGUUUUCCUGAGCGUGGCGUGGUGGCAGACAGGGCGAAACCUUUUCUUGCAGCCUUGUCAGAUGAGGUUGCAGACCAUGGUUGCACUUUUGGCUCAGCAGCCAAAGCUUCCCCAUGGCAGAUCGGUCAGAUCGAAAGGCAUGGAGGUUUGUGGAAAGAAACUUUCAGAAGAGUUGUUUGGGCGCAUCAAGUUUCCGGACGGCAAGAUGUCAUCAUGACGACAGCCGCUGUGAACCAGGCCAAGAACUCACUGGUUCGAAAAGGUGGUUUCAGCCCCGCUCAAUGUGUGCUGGGACGUGACGUCCGUUUGCCAGCCAGUUUGGCUGAUGACCAAGAGGUCAUGAGAGUUGGUGCCCAAGCCCUUGCAGCUACUCCAAGCAGCCUUUUCUACCGCAAGACUCAGCUCAGAAUGGCAGCCAGAGAAGCCUUCUCUCGCAGUGCCACAAGUGAAGCCUUGAGAAGAGCAGAGCUGAGGCAGAUCAGACCAAGCCGUGGACCUUUUCUCCCUGGCAUGUACGUUUUCUACUACGAUGCUCAAGACAGGGACCCAAGUCCAAACUGCUGGAGAGGCAUCGCUCGUGUGAUCGGGCGAGAAGGCACUUCAACCAUUUGGAUUUCUCACAGGGGACUACUUCUUGCAGUCAGCCCUGAACACCUCUCGCGAGCCUACGACCCAGAGGUCGAGCACUGGUCGGUUGUCUCCAAAGAGACAGAACUGAUGGACGCCGCACCAGCAGCAGGUGGCACGGGGUUUAUUGACUUGAGGAGAUCCCCGGUGCCCCCGCUGACCGCUCCCGAUGGAGAGGCCGAGAGGGAAAGCACAGAUGGAGAAAAGAAACCAGAGGCCUUGGAGGAUGCCCCAAUGCAGCCAGCAGCAGCCGCCAGAGAAGAAGCUGAGGACUUGAGUUCAAGCUCAACUAGCAUGGCUCGAAUCAGGUGGGAGUCAGACCGUGAACAGAAGAGGUCUUUGAAGUCGGCCGAGUUCUUCGACCGCAUGGCCAAGCAGAGACGGGUCAGCAGAAGCCAACAGCUUGCAGAGCUUUCUCAGGUGCCCAAGCCUGAGGACAUACCAAUUCCGGAGGAGACUGAGUUUGACCCGGAGGUGCACGACUUUCAUCAGUCGCGCCCAACUUCAACGACCAUGACACGGCAGCUCAGCCCUUUGGAAGCUGAUCCUGAGACAGAAGCCAAUGAGAGAGAGGCCAAACGACUCCGAACCAAUGAGCCUGGAGCCAACUUCAUGUUUUCCGAGAACGAGCCAACUUUUGCUUUUAUGGCGACUGAGGUUCCAAAGUUUUUGGAGGAACAAGCAGUGGCCAGCUAUGUGAAGCACUGCGACUUCUACCAGCAGGUUGGAGUUUCGGUGAAUGAGUUCGUUUUUGGGAUGAAGCGCAAUGACUUCAGCCAGAGGUACCAUGCGCUUGCAGCAAACCCCAACCAGACAGAUCCACCGAAGAAGAAGGGUCGCAAGGAGAUCAAGCUCUCCGAACUUCCAGCUCAACAGCAACGCCUUUUCACUGAUCGUGACGGGUCGGAUGACCGUGAAUGGAAAGCAUGGCAAAACAAGCAAGCCUGCGAUGUUUUGAGUUUGGAUGAAAGCUUGAGGAUCCGGCGAGAGAAGCCUGAUCUGAUAGUGCCGACCAGGUGGGUCCGAACCAACAAACAUGAUGGUUUGGUGGGCAAGGAAUUCCUUGCGAAGUCGAGGUUGGUGGUGCAAGGUUUCAAAGACAAAAGCCUUGGGCAAUACAGGCGAGAUGCGCCAACGGCAUCAGCAGUGGCAGAGGCGAUUGUUUUAGCAGUCUGCGCCUACCACCGUUUUGUGCUGUUUGCCAAGGACAUCAAGAAUGCCUACUUCAGCGGCAAGAACAUCACACGUGAGGUCUACCUGGACCCUCCACGUGGUGGUCUUCGUGGACUUCAACAAGGGCAACUUCUCAGAGCCCGGAAAGCCAUCUACGGUUUUGCCGAAGCAGCACGUUUGUUUUGGUUAGCCUUGAAGGAGCAGCUGGAGGCUGACGGAUGGCAGGAGUCCAAGCUGGAGCCCGCCUUGUUUUACUUAAGGCACCAGGGUCAACUAAAAGGAAUCCUCGUGACACAUGUGGAUGACUUGGAAGGAGGUGUAUCUCCGGACUUGCAGCUCUCCGCCUUUGAGAGAGCAUCUCAAGCCCUGGAGUUCGCAACCAACCACUUUGGCAGCUUCAUCUUCAGAGCCAGAGAGAUUCGACAGACCACUGAAGGUCACAUCGAUGUCUCCAUGCGCAACUACUCCUUGAGUUUGAAGAAUGUGAAGAUUGAGAAAUGGAGGAGGAAGCAGCUGGAGGAUGAACUCCGCCCUGAGGAGAUGGAACAGCUGAACAGUUCAGCUGGCGAGCUUGGAUGGUUAGCACGGCAGUUGCGGUGCGACUUGGCCUAUGAGAAUGGAGCUGCGCAGCGAAGCAAGAAGGAGCCCAUCGUUGCCGAUCUCCUGAGGCUGAAGCAGUACCUUAGUGCUGCGCGCCGUGGUGCAGACUUCAAGAUGCGCUACUGGAAUGAUGUGGACCUGAAAGAUGGGGUCAUCAUACACCUGGCCGACUCCGGCCAUGCCAAUGGAACUCCAGAGCACAACGAGCAGAUGAGAUACCGCAGUGUGGGGGGGUACUUUAUCCUUGUAGCUGACAAGGCGAUCCUGCAGGGUGAGACCGUGAGGUGCAACAUCCUGUGCUACCACUCGGGUCAGACGAAACGAGUGUGUCGCAGCACACUUGCUGCGGAAGCAAGCCAUUUAGCAGAAGCAGUUGAGGCUGGUGAUUGGAUCACCGUCCUGUUGGAGGAGGCCUUAACAGGCGAACUGGACCUUCGGAACUGGGCAGACCUUGUGGAACGACGCCAAAGGGUCUAUGUGACCGAUGCCCGGUCAGUCUAUGACUAUCUCCAAAAGGAUGCAACUUCGACAUCAACUGACAAGCGGAUGGCUAUAGAGGGUGCGCUUUUGCGGGAGACCUGCAGAAAGCCUGGUGCACACGUCAAGUGGAUCGACGGCCUGCAGAACAUAGCGAAUGUCCUGACCAAGCACAACGCUGAGAAGGACACACUUCGAGCAUUUCUGAAAGAUGGGAUGAUGAGCCUCCAGCAGACCGAGCAAAACAAACUGCUGAAGGAGAAACAGAGACAAGCCCGUCAGAAGAGAGCUCAGGUGAAAAGGGAUGAUACAGCUUUGAAGGAGCAGAAGAAACUGGAAAGACGCAAAGCUGUGCUGGCAGAAGUAAAGGAUGAGAGCGGUUUCCUUACGGAGCUGAGAAAGGGCUCGUGGGUGUGUCCGGACCCCGGUUCCGGAGAGGUGACAAAAGAUGACAGAAAAGUGAAGAAGUUGAAAUGUUGGGUGGUCGAGACGAUCUUUCCAAUUUUCCAAGAAGAUGAGGAAGAGACGUGGAUUUUGUCUUGGUCUCCGCAAUCUCAAUCGCCGAUUCGAGUGGCUCCAGUCCGAAAAUUUGCGCGGAGUGGACAGAAGAGUUGGUUGAUCCAGGACGCUUACACGAACAGCCGGGGUCUCAGAUCUACAGGGGUGUGUUUCGAGUUGGUCAGAGGUCGAGGGCUCGGUGACACUGGCAAGGCUCAGGGGACGGUGGCGGAAGUAGUUGACCCAGUGUCCACUGACGCCAAGGGACACUGGUUCAAGGGGCGCUACAUCUUGGCCAGCGAUGGUCACCUACGAUGGUGGUUCAAGAAGGAGAAGGCCGAGGAUUGGCAGCGCUCUGCAAGUACCACUGUUGUGAUGGAGCUGGGCGCCAAGGUCCCUGCCUGCACUUUUGGGCGGACCUGCGGCAAGGCUACGCAGGGAUACCUCAAGGUGAUGGUGGAUGAGGCACGUGAUGCGGUGCGAGCCAUUGAAAAGCGCCUGAACAAAGGCAAAGAUGACAAGAAACGAGCCAAGAAGCCAGAUGGAGGUGAGGACAAGCGCAAAAAGAACAAAGAGCGCAAGAGAAAGGAGUCACCCACCUCGAGUGGAGAAAGACGGGCCAAGAUCGAGGAGGAGAAGGAGGUGCACACAAAGGGCAACCAUCUCCAUGAGAAGACGGCGCCUUGGAUCAUUUCCUUAGGCACAUUCGCCACCGACAUUUGUCCCUCAUGCUUAGAUCGCCAGCUGGCCGAAUUCAUUGAUGUUUCAUACCAGGAGGGUGAGCCCAUGAGUUAUGCAGGCAACCCUCAGGUCAUUUUGGUCACCGAUGCCCGGCUCAUCGAGUUUGCCCGCGAGGUGGUUACUGCUUAUCUUUGGCCUCAUGGGGCUCAUCAGUUCAGGCACCUCUUUGCAGCGCUUUUGCAACUGCUUGGUUUCUCAGCGGAUUCCUACACGCCUUAUUGCCUUCGUCGGGGAGGCGCUACAUGGCACUUUCAGUCGUAUAAAUUCUUCAAGCCGCACGUCGUAACGGCGAGCAAUGUGAACGCGCCGCUGGACGGCCCGGCGAAGCGCUUCACUUUUGGGUCGAUCUUGUCGAUCUUCAGUUGUUCAUCCACUGAGAAGCUUUGGCCGCUACAUAUGGCAGCCAUGGCGACCGAGGGUGCCGCGGCUUCUGGAGUGACUGGCAUCAAUGCGUCGAAGGCCGACUCUCAUGUUCCGGUCUUUGACAACAGCGCCAAGAACUACCGUGAAUACCGGCGAAGAUGUGAAGUCUACCGACAAAAGAUGGAGCUGGCAGGACGAGGCAAGGAGACAGUUUUCAACCUUGUGACAAUGAUGACAGGUAGGUCAUGGGAUCUAGUGGAAGACUUAGAUGUUGAACAGCUGUCAACGGAUGGUUUCAACAAAGUUUUUCAAAGGUUGGACCGAGGGUUUCAAUUCGACCCCCUGACGGAGCUGCCUGGAGACUUUGAGAGGUUUUUCAUCUCUCUGAGCCGUAAGCAUGGACAGACACUUCAAGACUAUACCCAGGAGUUCACCCAUGCAGAGCGGAGACUGAGGACUACACACAAGGUGGACCUGCCCGAGAAGGUGAAAGCUUGGUGCUUCCUUCGUAAGUCAGGCUUGACGAAGGAGCAGAGGCUGAUGGUUCUCAGUUCAGUCGGACAUGAGAAUCUUGGACUGGAACAAGUGCAGAAGACGAUGAACUUUGUGAUUGGCCAAGACGCCAAACUUGAAGGUGCCCCACGAUGGAGCCGAUCCAAGGACAACGUGAUGUACAAUGACGAGACCUACGCUGGAUCACCGUGGCCAGAGGAGGACACCUACGACUACAACAUUGCCUAUGACAACACCUUCUACGAGGACGAGUACGACCAGCAGUGGAUCGACUAUGACGCCUCCUACUUCGAGGACACCGAGAACGCCCUUGAUGAGAGCUAUAGCGACAAGAAGCGCAAGCAUGAAGAUGGUGAAGAACCCGUGCACAUGGUGGAGACCACGACCACGAUGGACUACCUCACGGACUUCAUGGAGAACAUCCCAUCUGACGUUGCAGUUCAAGACGGAGGAGCAGCUUCUUUUCUUGGUUCAUAUGUGCAGAUCCGGAAGUACUUGCUCUAUCUGGUGGACUUGGGCUACGACGUCAACACUGUGGAGAUCUACCGAUGCAAGAAAGGGUUCAAGUAUGGCAACUCGGAGAAGGAGAUUGCCACCACAUGCCUGAUGUUGCCCAUUUUUGCAGGACAUCGACGACGUCAUGUACUUUGCUACGCUGUUGGUGGAAGCUGUCCGAUUCUGAUUGGACGACCGCUUUUGGAAAGACUUGGACUGACGGUGGACUACAGCGAGCGCAAGUACAAAUGGAAGGGACAACAAUGGCAGGAUGUUCAACUUGGACCGAAGAACGAGUACUUGGUGAGAUUGGCAGAGAACUAUGAGGAGCUCAUCCACGACGUUCCUGAGGUGCUCAUCCCGGAGGACCACGAGGAGCACAUUGACUUCACCGUAAAGCUUGACAUCGACAAGAUCAUGCUUGAGGAGCCGGCGGCAGAAUCAGAGAGGAUUGGACUUGCAGCAGAGACAGAUGCUGACAACAGGGACAAGAUCACCGACUGUGACCUUACACCUUCACCAGCCUGGUCACCCGAUGACUAUGGUGACGGAAUCAAAGGAUAUCCAGAGGUUGAGACUACUCCCAUCGAAGUGGAGGAUGAUGAGGACAACGGUGACAUGCAUGCAGAGGAGCCCAAUCGCAAUGACAAAGGGAUCCCGACAGAAUUCAUCUACACCUUGCAGGACACGACGGUUGUGAAGAGACUUCGACCGUCGCAGCUGACCAAGAUGAUUCAUUCGGCAGAACAAGAUCGAAAUCGACUGGACAAGGAACUCAAGAAGGCUGGAAUCUUGGGACAAGCAUGCAGACUGUGGAGCUCUCUACAAGAGUUGAGUGCGUCCAGAAGCGAUGAGGCCAAGAAGGAGCUGAUGAGAAAGAGGAUGAAGGACCACGACACACACCUGGUCUUCACUUCUGUCGUCUACGAGACCCAGAGGAGAUCUGGCCGACACUCAACUACGGAGCAUCCAUGGUUGAGCAGAGCAUGGAAAACGAAGGCCUACAACAGGAUGAGAGGCUAUGACUGCUAUGUGGAUCAGUGCUCGUAUGGACUCAAGCUUCCUGGUGAACAAGGACAAUGGCAUCCCGCGAAGAAACCCACGACAUUCAGGACAACGAAGAGAUCACUCUACAAUGGACUUUACCGAUGUUGCCCUGGAUGUCCCUAUCACGUGCCCAUCGAAGGCAGUGCCAGAGGUUUUGGAAGCCGAUCUGCAAUGUCCGAGGACUACCCACCACGACUGGCGAGGAAACUGGCAGAUCUACUUGCAGCAGAACCUGCAGAAGAGGACUUCGACCCCAUCAUGCCUGCGGAGGACGAAGUUGACCUGGACGGCGACGCCAUCAUGGAGGACUCCAAGGACGUUGUUGAGGUGCAGGACGACAAGGAUGACAACAUCCAGCUCAACGCCCAACUACGAGCUGAAGUUGGACCUCAAGCCUACAACUAUGUGAAGCGCCUGCACAAGUCACUUGGACAUCCCCAACCUGCAGUUCUGAAGAAGAUGCUGUCUGAAGUUCAGGCAACCGAGAACGUCAUCAAGGCUGCGGAGAACUUCAAAUGCAACACAUGCUAUCACAGGAAACCACCAUUUUCAGUGCCACCGGCCGCUGGACUUAUGGCCAAGAACUUCAACGACCGUGUGAUGGCAGAUUCAGCAUGGAUUGACACUGACAACGGCCGCAAAUGCGUUGUCACAUUCCUGGAUCAUGCCACCCGCUACGUGUCUAUCAGGAUUCUGAAGACGGAGCGAUCUGAGGAGUUUAUCAAAGGAGAAGCUCACAAUUGGCUGGCACCAGUGGAGAGGAAGCAUCAAGUGGUUCGGAAGGCCUUGGAGCACUAUAUGCACGACCGUGGCACCUCCGACAUCAAGACCUUGGAGGAAGCCUGCAUCUAUGUGCCUCACCAGAUCAACAACAUGUCUAUGGCGCAUGGCUUUUCACCAGCUCAAUGGGUGUUUGGACGAACACCUGCUUCCACACACUCCCUCACGGCCGAGCUCUUCAAUCCUGGAUGUGACGCCAUUGACGAUGCGACGAAGUUUGCUGAGGUACAGAGGAGACGACUGACAGCACAACAAGCAUGGCUGAAGGCAGACUCAGAUGCAAAGCUGAGGAGAGCGAUGAACAAGAUCUUCCACGAGGUAAAGGACGAGGUUGCAAUUGGACAACUGGUCUGGUUUUGGAGGAAAGCUGGAUCAGGCAUUCUGCAGAAGGCGAAGUGGAGAGGCCCAGCCAGAGUAGUGGCAAAGGAGACAAAUGAGGAUGGUAAGGUUCUCAUCCUUUGGCUGACCCACGGAACCAGUCUGGUUCGAUGUGCCCCUCAUCAAGUACGACCAAAAGUGGAGGAGCAGGGAUGCAAUGUGGCUGCAGACCCAUCGGCCGCGCUCAAAGAUCUUCAAGAACUACGAGCUCGGAGCACUACGCAGUUCAAGGACAUCACCGAUGCCGAGCCCCAAGUUGAAGACAUGGCGGACGACCACACUGACUAUGAACCCAGUGUCAUGGGCGAUGAUGAGGCUGCAGAGCACAUGGCUGCGAUGAGAAUGCCCCUUCCUGGCAUUGUCAGCAACCUGCUGACACAUGGAGAAGUUGAAAGAGAAAGGACCCCGAGAAGGCGACGACCCAGCAUUGAUGAGCCGGAACCUACACCCGGUUCACAUCGAGAUGAUCAAGAUGAUGACAACAGCGAUGGACCUGGAGAUGAAGCUGGACCUGGAGGAGAUGACACAAAGAGGAAGAAGCAAACGAGCAGAAGAGCCAAGGACAAGCAGAGUAGAGGAGAUUCAGGUGCAGCAGGUUCAGGACACCAUCAACAAGCUGGAGGAGCCGCUGAUGCUGUUGAGGAGACCACAAUGUCCGAGGAAGCGAUCAAUCGACCUGUACAUGUACCUGUUCCCAACGACGAGAUGGACUACAACGAUGGUUUGGUGGUCGAGGACGUCUUCAUCACUGAAGCGAGUGACCUUCCAGAAGGAUGGAUCAUUGUGGACAACAACUUUGAGCUUGCAGAUGCAUGGGUCGUACAGAACCUGCGCAAGAAUGAAGCAAGCGAAAAGAAGAUGACAAGUGAGGAGAGAGCAAUGAUGACAGCAGCAAAAGCGAAAGAACUUAGUCAAUUCUUUCAGAAUGAGGUCUGGGAGUUUGCUGACGACAUGACGCCAGGGGACAUGAAGAGGACGAUCACUGCCAGGCAAGUCUUUUUGACCAUUGCGGGCACGGGCAACAACACUUGGACUCUGGUUGUUGGAGAUGUCACAGCAGCCUUUCUUUCAGGUUCUGGACAAGAGUUCAAAAGGCGGAUCAUAGCCCGACUUCCAGCAGACUGUGGACCAAUCCUAGGAGUGGUUGGACCCUGCUUCAUGAAGAUGAACAAGAGCGCAUAUGGACUUUCAGAUGCGCCAUUGCUGUGGUUCAAUGAAGCGUCCAGAAGGCUGAAGAGGAUUGACAUCCACCCGCAGAAGCUGGACUCAUGCUUCUUUGCCUGGUAUGACAAACAAGGUGAACUUGGUCUACUACUUCUGUUGCACGUCGACGACAUGCUGAUUGGCUAUGACCCCAACAACGAGAACGCCAAGAAGAAAGUCGACGAGAUCAGAGUCACCUUCAACUUUGGCAAGUGGCGAAUGCUCAAGGAGAACGAGAAGAUUGCCUACUGCGGUGGAGUCUUGCAGUAUGACAAUGGAGAACUAUGCCUGAGUUUUGAGGAUUACCUGAAGAAAAUCUCUCCCCUGACGAUCGACAGAAAGAGGGGAGAACAAGCCAUGACUGACAAGGAGGUCUCACGAGCGAGAGGACUCAUUGGAGCGUUACAAUGGCCUGCUGGACAAGGAGUUCCCCCACUGUGCUCAAGCACAUCAAUUCUUGCAGGAGAAUUGGCCUCCAGAGAGGCGAGGGUGAUGAACGAGCUCAACAAGGCACUACGCUUCAGCAAGCAGAACUCCGACGUGCUGCUACGAUUUCCGAAGAUCACCAACGACUGGCGCAACAUCCACUUCCUGGUGUUUUCAGAUGCUGCACUAGGAGUACGACAAGAUUUGGCGAGUCAAGGUGGCUAUCUCAUCCUGGCGGUGAACGACAAGGUGAUGUCAGGAGAGGUCGGAAAGUACAGCAUCAUUGGAUGGAGGAGCUACAAACUACCAAGGGUAUGUCGUAGUUCCCUUGCGGCAGAAUCACAAGCAUGUGCGACUGCAAUCGACGAGCUCUCAAUCGUCAAGCUGAUCUUUGGUUUGCUACGAGACCCCAACUUGAACAUCAAAGACGAUGAUGCAGCGCGAGGAAUGAGGAGCGCAGUCAUCAUUGACGCCCGUGCACUUUACGACGCAAUCCAUAAGGAGACAUUUCAGUCAUCCCUGGACAAGCGUGUGGCGAUCGAAACUUUGGUGAUUCGAGAUGGCUUGAAGUACACCAACUCCGAACUACGUUGGGUAUCAUCGGAGAGGCAAAUGGCUGAUGGACUUACAAAACUUGGAGGUAGACAACAGAUGAGCGAUCUACUACGUGGAGGCUAUGUGCAAUUGAUCUAUGAUCAAUCCUUCACGGCCGCCAAGAAGAAGUCUAUGCAGGAACGCAAGGAGAUCAACAAGGUAGCGAGAGGAACGGCAGUGGCAAUGUACGUUUCUACAAUGGUUGCAACACAGGUGACUGGAGCAACUGCUACCCUGGAGGAGGCCAAGGCCCUUGUGGAGUUCAAGGUUGCACGGGAAGUCAAGACGCUUGAGGACCACUUGGACACAGAGAUCAUCCUGACCCUGGUCUUCGUCAUCAUGAUCCUCCUGAUCAUGAUCUACUUGAUUGUCAAGGUCUUCUGUGCAAAGAAUGUCCAGUACGAGAUCGAAGAGACACAGUAUGUGGAGGCUGAAACACAAACAGAGACUGGAGCAGCGACUAACAUCGCUACGAUAUCACAUGACGAGCAGAUGCAGCUGGGAAGCUACAUUGGUGCUUUGGAGGAACAGAUUGAGAAAUACAAGAAUGAGAUCCAUGACAACCUGGCGGACUAUGUGGGUCACAUUGACUCCAUGGCCAUGCGUCACGCCGACGAGACGCGCCAUAUGAUGGUUUGGAUCACCCAACAUGGUGAACGAUGGCACAAUCGACCA